AUGCCUCCUUACCAGCCGAACCCACUUCCCUAUAUCCGCCGCUACAUAACCACCCACAAUAUGGAGGGCGAAUCAGUAUUUCUUUCCCAUGCGCAAGUUCCCGACUACCUCCCAUCAAAACCGACAGGGGAAGAUGGCGAGAUUGCCCUGCUAUACGCUACAACCAGUACGCCAGCCUCGGUUGACGCUGAGGCGGAUGUUGCCAUGUACGACGAGUUUCUACAUCAACCUCCUGGGAUCACAGUCGACAACGGAACCCUUUUCCGUCUGAUUGAUCUCCGUCCGGGAAAGGCGACGCCAAUGCAUCGGACAGUCAGCGUCGACUAUGGGGUCAUAAUUGAGGGAGAUGUUGAUCUCUUGCUGGACUCAGGUGCCAGUCGGCAUAUGCAUCGUGGCGAUGUGAGUGUGCAAAGGGGUACCGCACAUUCGUUCCGGAACCGUAGUGACACCGAAUGGUGUCGCAUGCUGUUUGUGUAUUUACCAAUGGAGAAGUUGAAUAUCGAAGGGAAGGAGCUGAAAGCAGAGGUGUAUGAUGAGGGAUUUGACAAUCCGGACAACGGAGAAAGCAAUCAGGGGGAUUCAAAUGAGGCUAAGUAA